AUGCGAGUGUCAUUCACAAUGAUGCACUUAUUAACCUUAACGUCUUAAUCUAUCUUUCCGAUCGAACAAGUGGAAAUGACAUACUGGCCACUGAUUUUUAUUAUCAUAACACACCUUCUGAUGUACUACAAGAGCAAUUUAUACAAGCGUAUAUCUCAGCAUCAAAUGGUAGUCAGAACUCACAGUCUCCAAUUGGAGAAAAUUGGAUUGCCUCUAAUUCAUACUCUUAUCAAAGGGCUCAGAAGCAACGCUCGAAAAUUGAACGUCUUGAAGCGGAAAACGUAAAAUUGAAGAGAAUAAGUAAGACGUUGUCCCACGAGAUCAAAGCGAAAACAACACUUUCGCAGUUGCAAAUUACUGAGUUGAGAGAAGAGAAUAACAAAUUGGCGAUAACUUUGGCAAACAAGGAUGCUGAGAUACAAGGAACGUUUUUAGAACUUAGCCGUUUAAGUGUGGAGUUAACGACAGUACAGAAUGAAAAGAAAAGAGAUGAGCUGUUUAGUACAUACAUACAUACAUACAUACAUGACUUUAUUUAGAACACGGAGAACCAUCAGUACAUUUUAUGAAAAAAAUCUAUUUACAAAUAAAAGCAAUUAAUAUAAGUUAGGAAGAAGACAAGAUUGAAGGGAAGAAGGAAAGGAGGAGAGGUACUGUUCUACCUGGUUUGCCGUGUGGGAGUCGGUAGGACUGGAAGAAUAUAGAGAUUCCAGACUUCCUUUAAACGAGGAGAGGGAUGAUGAUAAUCUAAGAGAUUCAGUCAAGCAGUUCCAUAGUGAUGCUCCACUAUAACUGAAGGAGCGCUUAAGAUAAUCAGUAUUGGGCUUAGGAACAAAUAACUUGCCAUUAGAAUUUCUUAGUAAAUAUUGACAAUUUCUGGAUGAAAACAAUUCUUGUAAGUACUGGGGAGAUUGACCAUUAAGAGUUUUAAACAUAACAACAGCUUUUUGCUUUUGACGGUUAACCGGCAAAGUGUUCCACUGCAGCUGAUCUAGAAGUUGACUAGAUGAAAUAUCGUAAGAAGAACGGGUAAUAACACGAGCUGCUCUGUUUUGAAGUUUUUGAAGCCUAUCACUUAGAGUUACUCCGAGGCCGUCCCAUACUGGAGCACAAUAGGAAAAGUAUGGUUCAAUAAAACCUUUAUAGGCUUUAAUAGCAGUUUCUUGGUCAAUCAGCCCGCGCACCCGUUUUAAAGCUCCAAUACCAGAAGAGAUCUUUUUAGUGAUGACCUCAACAUGGUUUCUCCAAGUAAGGUUUUCAUCCAGGGUUAGCCCUAGGGUUUUAGUUGAACUAACUUGCCUCACUGGCACAUUGUCGACCGAGACACUUGGCUCGUAAUUAUUAAAAGUUGCUAAACGCUGACGUGAACCAAUGAUCAUGAACUCAGUUUUAGCAAUAUUCAAGCUUAAUUUGUUGGCUAUUAACCAUCUGUUUAGGUUAAUCAGACUAGAAUUCAUCAGAAAUUCAAGGUGAGAUAAAUUAUCACUACUAAAAUUUAGAUUGGUAUCGUCAGCAAACAUUCUUGCGAAACCCUCAUUUAGGCAGUUUGGGAGAUCGUUGAUAUAAACCAAGAAUAGCAGAGGCCCGAUUAUUGAACCCUGAGGAACUCCUCUGGAUGUAGAAGAGAUACCAGAAAACUGACCGUUAACAAAACACUUUUGCCUACGAUCAGUUAAAUAGGAUCUAAACCAAGAUUGUGCCAAGUCAUCCACACCAUAUGCUUUCAACUUUGAAAGUAAAAUGUUAUAGUCAAUAGUGUCAAAGGCCUUCUUCAGGUCAAUGAAGACUACGCCGUUUAAAAGACCUCUAUCAAUAUUGACACACCAGUUAUUAGUUGCUUCUAGUAAAGAAGUGAGGGUGCUGUAAUUAGACCUAAAGCCAGAUUGAUAAGGAUUGACAAGCUGAUUAUCAGUUAAAUAUGCAUAAAAUUGGUCAUAAACGAGCCUUCCAAAACUUUUAGCAAUUACAGAAAUGAUUGAAAUAGGUCGAUAGUUGCCGAGAUCACGUAAUAGUAAAACGUACAAGUUCCAUUCAGCUUCAACUCAGACGUCGUGGAUUUCAGAUUCCUUAGAUUCAAGGGCAUCGAGUGAUUAAACGACAGAGGUGGGACAUAAUCAAGUCGAAAAUCGUCAUGGGCAAGAGUCACUUAACGAAACGGCAAGUCUAACUGAUAUGCCACAUACCGCUGUAGAUGGAUGUAUCUAUAACAACUAAUAACUCUUGUUACUGCGAAUAUCUCACGAUCUCCUGACGGAAGAUGUCCUCAAACUAAAACAAUGGGUGGAAAGUCGAUUUCAAAUCGACACUUCUGGAAGUGUGAACGCAAUUCUCCUGGAACUAGAUCGUAAGAAAAUCAUCACGAUUACCGAUCUGAGUCGACUGAAAAAAAAUAAUUUGAAGAUAUCUUAAGAUAUGAUUAUGUGUAUCCUAUUGACAAUUAUCUUCUUGGGGAGUAUACACAGCUAAAGAUUCCCAAGCCUGGUGAAAGAUCAUUUAGUCGAGGAUGGAACUCCCAGAAUGGACUGGCCUCUCAGCGGUUUGGUCAUCUACCAUCAGCACAAUGGCCAUCACGUUUAACAGCCAGAGGGCAUUCCACUGGUUCAGCAGACCAGUCAAGGAGUACUGCACUAGGUUUUCAAAAGCAAUUUCAGGUAUCACGGGCAAACUCGAGGAAGAUUGUAGAUACUGCGGGUAUAUCGAGUUCCACACAACGCGCUACCCAACGAUCUGUUGCUCGAAAUGGUCCUAGCUCGCAUUCACGCAGACCUCAUCCUCUGCCAAGUACGUCAACUUUAUCUGGCAAGGAGACUUUAAUCAGCAGUACUGCUUCGCAAGGUAUAGUAGUCACUGAUGCUGCAAAACGAGAGGAUGCUGGUGGUAGGUUAAAUACACGGCUAAAAACGCACAGGUGUUCCAAGUUGAUAUCGACAGGCGUGAACAAUGUUGUGCGGCCACUAUGAACAAGUUUUCAACCAUGUUGUUCCAAGUUGUUACAGUUGAACAAUGCUGUUACAACAUGUUGACAAUACUGUUCAUAGUGGGCCGCACAACCUUGUUCACGCCUGUUGAUAUCAACAUUGAAUGGUGGGAGGAAAGGGGGAGGUUUCCUAAAUUUACGAUAAUAUUACGACAUUUUGACAAGUAAUUCGAAGUGUUGCAGGUGCUUUGUCCAGGAUUGUAGCUUCUAGGAAAUCGUACUCAUCCAAAGUGAUGUUUAGAUCCUUCCGUCUGGAGACUUAGUAUGAAGAAUCCCUCUAAGAUAAACACGAUGCCCUGUCAUUCAUCUGUUUGCAUAUUUUGUAGUGUAUUUAUUAAGUUUAUGAAUUUCUUCUCCUACAGUUCAGGCCAGCGGUUCAACAGUACGUGGCGAUCAAGUUAAUGCUUCACGUAAUUCAAACCCUGGAAGCAAUGGACAGAAGUUGUCAAAAUUCCAACCACCUGAUGCGGAUGAGGACGACCAAUGGUUAUGCAGUCAUUACAAACGACGUUGUUACGUCAAAUUUGAAUGUUGUAACAAGUUUUGGCCAUGUCAUCGUUGCCAUAACAACCAAAGCACAUGUGGCAGGAGGACGCUCAAAGCACGUGACACGAAACAGCUUAAGUGCGCUGCUUGCGGUCUAGAACAACCGGUAUGUUGGCAAUUAAGAAUUAGUUUCCAACAUUCGUUAUUCAAGCGAAUUAGGUUGCUAACAUACGACCACCUUUUGUAGGUAGAAAUUUAGUUCUUUAAAUUCCUUUUACUUAAAUUUCAUGCAAUAUAUAGCCUAGCUAGAUUUAGCUAGCUUGCGUUAUAGCCUGCCAAUGCUUUCCUGGUUGAAAAAUUAUUGUUACAACAUUUGUUACACGGUUAUUCAGUUAUCGCUCAAAGGCUUUCAGACAUUGGCAAGGGAAGGGGGGGGCAGCUACCUCCCUGCCUGCCCCAAGCCUGCUUCCCUCCUGGUUGCCCCCCCCCCCUCCUGGUAUUGCCACUGAUUCGACUUUAAUUCAGAAAUAGUCUAUUACUGUAUAGUUUCCACUUUUAUGUUAAUGUCCUUUCAAUUCUUUAUUUCAGUUUGCACAUUACUGUUCAAAACGCAACGCAAAAUUUGCGAGAUACUUUUGUGGUUUGUGUAAACACCUGACAGGCACUGAUGAUAAUCCUUACCAUUGUGAAAAAUGUGGUAUUUGCAGGUGAGAUACCAGGGUAAUGCUCACUGCAUGUGCCUGGUUUCGAGCAAAAAAUAAAAUUUUUCAGCAGAGGAUUUUUACAGCCAGAGGACUUCUUUGUUCACAUGAGGUCCUGUCUGUAUAGCUCGGACUGAAGUACAGUUGAAUUUUGCCAUUAACUAAUGUCAUAAGCUUAGUUUUGAACCUUUAUAGCCAGAGGAGUUCUUUGACCGAGAUCAAAUCUCGUUUUCUGAAUACAUCUGAUUGUUUCUGAACUGUAGUUUUAACGAUAUUUCGCAAUUCCAUAAUUUCAAAAAUUUCAAUAUGCGAUCACUUCGAGUUUGUUAACUGGUGUGUGUUCGAAAUUUUUAUUUUAGAAUUCACGGAGAUCGUUCAUUUCAUUGUGAUGUCUGUGGUGUGUGUUUGGAUGUUCAACUGCAUGGAAAUCACAAAUGUCGCGCAGGGUCUGCACAUGAUGAAUGCUGCAUUUGUUUGGAGGUAAUGUAUCAAUUUGAGGUUUUUAUUAGCAAUGAAUGUGUGGAAUUCAUAGGUGUCUUAUAAACACUAGAUAGCGCAUCGCUUUUAGUAAAAUUGAAGCCAAGAAUAUUCCAGCGGUUAGCCCCAUUUGAAUAGAUGGCGGCCAUUUGGAGUUUCCCACUCGCUAAUAAACGCUUAAAAAACAACAACGUUCAUCAUUUGACUAGUUUGAAAAUGUAUUAGGAAUAUAGUUUAAACUUAAUGUUUUUAAAAGUUCCCCGUUUAAUUUAAUUAAGAAAUAGAAAACAUACGAGUUUUCUCAUUUCAUGGGAAUAUCCUGAGUUUGCAAUCACGGCUUCAAUUUUUGGAUUGCAGAAUAAUUAGACGCACUAUCUAGCGUAUAUAAGAUAUCUAUGGUGGAAUUUCGUAGUCGAAUUUUCGAUUUCAUCUUUAUACAGAACUAGCUUGAAAUUUCUCGUCUAAAACGAACCAUAUCGCCAAAAUAUUUGGUAGCUCGAAAUAUCGAGAAGCGUAAUUCAUUCUUUUUCAGUGACUGUGGUUGUCGCAAGCAAAGCUUUUUCCGCGAUUCGACAACGCGGCGCGAUUUUUCAGUUUUUGAAGGAUAAUAAAGCAGCCAAUAGCAAUGAAAAGAAAUUUUAAAAGAUAUGUAGACCAUAUAACUCAAAACGUUAUAGCGCUUCUAAAUAUUUGGAAAACUUUAAAUAGGAUCAAAGUUAUCGGUCAGUGAAAAUCGAAAAAUUGCGCCGCUUUGUCGAAUCGCGUCUGGUGUGUCUCGAUCUUUACACCACGGUCGACACUGCACGCCCAAAGCAUUAACUUUUACAUUUCUAUUUCUUUUCUAGGAUGCAUUUACAGGAUGUCAGAUCUUACCUUGUUCCCACAAAGUACACAAGGAGUGCGCAACGCAAAUGAUCAGAAGUGGAAUGUGAGUGUGAUGGCUGAAUUUUAAUCACUAUUGCAUGUUAUAAUAUAGCAUUUGUAAAUUCUGAACGCUGAUUGGCUAAGAGCCCUGUUGAUAUAACUCCAUGUCAACACGGGAAAUUUUCCGCCGUUUGUAAUACGGAAAUUGUUCUUAUUCUUCGGGCUUUUGACAUUGCUAUAUUAUAAAACAAAUAUAAAACAUUUUUUCCGUAUUGAUAUAUAGUUAUAUCAACACUCGUGGAAGUUGGGAAAACUCGAAAUUGUGUGAAAACACUCCGCCCUUCGGGCGUCGUGUUUCCACACAAUUUCUCGUUUUCCCAAUUUCCACUCGUGUUGAUAUAACUGUAUAUCAACACGGAAAAUGUUUUAUAUUUGUUAAAUCUUACACAUGCAAAUUUGUACAUUCUUGAUGUGUUCAUUUUAUACAUUGUAGAACUCGUUGUCCAAUAUGUCGGGAAAGUUUUGCACAUAAACUGGAAAGAAGACCUCAUCCUUCAAAGAAACGACCAGUGAAGCAAUAG